CUUUGACACCCAACAUGGCGUCUUCAGGCUCAGCAGGACAGUCCGGCUUCAGACUCGGGCGCGCAAAGAAAAACCCUGGAGUGAUGGAUCAGAUUGGAAAAAUCUUUGGAGGUGAUAAGAAGCGGAAGAGCAAGGGCUCUUUCCGUGGUGCUCUCUCUGUUUCCCCUCAGAGGUCAAGUCACUCAUCUCCUCGCCGCCGCACUGGUGGUGACAAUGCUGUCGUUCACUUCUUCAGAUCUAUCGUGUCUCCAGCUCCUAAAAAAUCUAGGUGGCAUUCUCUCACAGCUAAACUAGGCAUGGGGGAUCAGAAGAGUUCAGUGAAGGCGCAGAAAGGGCGUGCGGCAGCAGGACAGGGGACGCUGACCCGCAUCUUCAAAAUGGGAGGAACCAGAGCAGCAUCACCGGCCAAACGCUGAGCUCCAGCUCUUUUAUCAUUCUCCAUUAAACAUGAUGACCCUGAACGGAGAGAAAGGAAAGAAGAAGGAAGCUUUUUUCCUCCACUUACAUUUUUUCCUGCUAGUGUCUCCUGCACUAACCUGAACAAGAUUGUGCUCAUCCUUCUUUAUCUUUUCAUUUAUUUGUUUAUGUCAGUUUCUUCAUCCUUUAAGUUCUGCGUGGUCAGAUCCUCGGCUAUCCUCUCCUAACGUUUCUGUCCCUGUCCUUUGAGAACAUGAGGCACUGAGAACCUUUUGAGGAAAUCUGUUAUCGCUUAAUAUCACUGAGGAUAAAAUGGUGAUUGGUUUAAUAAGUUUAUGAUUGUUGUAUUACAUUGUGAAGUUAUAAGCUAAUUGCAGACCUUUCAUAAUGACUCAAGAAGCUAGCUAGCUAAUUUAGCUAAUUCACCUUAGCUAGGACUUUCUAGUUGCAGAUUAGCUAACUUAGCAUGCGAGCUAAAUGUUACAAAAUCUUCACAUGGACAAUAAUUGCCUCAAAAGUUUGUCGUGUAUAAUUUAGAUGACUAAACAUUAGUCUUGUGGUUCUGUCUUUGUCUCAAGAGUCGAUGUGACUAGCAUUUAGCAUCUAACCACUUAUUUAGUGGUGCACAGGAUAAACUCACACGUGUACUUUAUGGCUUUGACUAGUCUCGUCUAUAACUCACUCCUCCUCGAUGUCUCAGCGGAUCUGACUGCAAAAUGUUGAGCUUAAAAAAACAAAGUAACUAAAAUGUCGUCUCUUGUCGAUUUUCAGUCACGGGAAUUUUUAGUCACUGUAUGCUAUCACGACUAUGCUAUGCUAUCUCUCUCUCUCUCUCUCUCUCUCUCUCUCUCUCUCUCUCUCGACUUUGACUACUUCUUUGAGCUUUUUGAAUAAAAUCAUCCCCCAUUAAAACUUGGACACAGCUAGCAUAAAAAAGCAGUAGAAACUGUGCAUGUUUUAGACUGCUAAUGGAGUGAUGGGAAUCAUUAAAAAUGCAAAUAAAGGAGACAUAUAUGUCA